GCUACGCUCAAUUCUUUCUGACCGUGCUGCAAAAAUCGAGCAGCUGUCCGUGUGUGUGCACUAUUUCAUUUUUGGGAUUGAAACAGGAACAAGAGGAUAAUCGGGGCGAUUUAGGAAAAAGGUUCAUCCGGGCCGAUGAGCGGUGUGUGGUGGUGUGAAAUCGAACAUGGUGGGAAAAGAGUACUUACGUACUACUUGGUUGAUGGUGGUGGGGGGAAGGGUGCAGUGCUGCCCCGGUACGAGUAGUUGUGGUCCGGGAGGGGCAACGUAAAAUUGUGCUAACUGUGCAGAUUGCGGAAAAAGUCUGUCCGUGUGGCCCCCGCCUCCGUCACCCAAUUUGACAGCUAGCCCUUGCUGUCUCGGCCCUGGGCUUUCCUGCUGAGGGAAUGAUGGACAGAAAAAAUUACAUAAUUUGUGGCCAAAUGUAAGGAAGGUCCGGAAAUGACCUUGUGUGCACUGUUGCAAGUACCAAGGGAUCAAUAAUUGAUACGCCAUCACCAUUAUGGAUCCAUAAUCAUGAAUACCUUAAUCAGUGAAAAUGAUUCAGUUUGUUGCUAUGAUUAUGUAAGUUUACCUUGAGCGCAGUGCCAACCCGAUCAAAACUUUCUGCACGGGGCGAUAAAAAGGGUUGGCAAAGGGGGUGCUGCGAUGAAACCGAUUCCACACCACUUCCAGGCUUUGGGGUCAAAUUUUGGCAUAUGGGAAGGAAAAAAAACAUUACAGCUUCCAUGCACGGUGCAUGAAUGGUUAAAAAAGGCAAAUAUUUAGGACAACAAUGGCGGAGAUGAUAACGGCCAUCCCGGCGUUCCACGGAAGAAUCAACCAACGUCGAAAACAUCGCUUCUCUCAAAACGGUUUACGGUGUCUACCUGUUCCGCGGUGUGCUCUCAAGUAACGAAUGUCCCUUUUGAGGGGGGUCCAAGAGUUACUUCCCAAUCCGCGCGAGCUCGCGCUUUCACGCACUGGAAUGCAUACGGAUUAUACUGUUGGAGAGAGAGAGUGAGGGAGUGCAAGACACAAUGUUCCGGGUGGAAGGAAGGGUCCGGCCGCCCGUUCAAACGAAAGGACCCUUUCCAUCCCUCCCGGACAGUUGCAUAUAGAGUGCAAAUGCAACGCGCUCGGCCAAAACUCCCUAAUGUUCUACGACUCUAGCUCUGAAAAUCCCGAGAGCCAACCUGUCUAAUAAAGCACGUGAGCCGUACACACAGACAGAGAGAUAGGGGCGCAAGAGAGCGAUACAGAGAGAGAGAGAGACAGAGAGAUUAAGCGAGGCGCCGGGAGUGCACACUCUCCUUGCGCGCAUCCAGCACGCCCAGCCGAUCGCAGCAACCAAAGGCGGCUCCUCCUCUUCAGCCCGGCGGGUCCAGCAAAUUUGGGCGCUAGCAAAGCCGAAAGCACCGAACCGACAAGCGCGCACACAGGCAAAGAGCUUCCGUCCGCUCUCCCCCCCAAAACUCUCCAUGAUGCUGGAGGAGGAGGAAGAAACUGCCCCACGAGGCGGCGACGACAACGGUCAAGGCCAACAGGCGGACCAACAUCAUCAGCCCACGCAGAAGCAGUCCAGCCGCGAAGGCGAUCGUGAGCGUAGUGGCCACUAUUCCUCGAGCUCGAGUCGCACCACGAGCAGCCGGUACGAGGACGAUUACUCGCAUCGUUCGAACCGCGAUCGAGACCGUGACCGGGACCGGGAGCGAAGCCACCGCGACCGGGAUUAUCAUCGCGAUCGGAACCGUGAUCGCGAGUACGGUGGCCGGUAUCGGGACCAUUACCGGGACCAUCGGGAUGAUCAGUAUCGGCGCGAUAGGCGAAGCAGCCGCAGUCGGUCGCGGUCGAAAGAAUCGCGCUCGCGGGACCGUGACCGUGAGCGUGACCGUGAACGUAAUCGAUCGCAUCGGGAUGAUCGUAGCUCGCGCGAUGGUCCCAGCUCUCGACCGGAGCGGACAGCGCAGGACCGUCUGUCGGCGGAAAUUGAGCAGGAGCUGGCAAACCUGCGCAGACAGCAUGAUAUGAAGGAAGCAUUAAAGCGACAGCAGCAGCAGCAACAGCAAAGCGCAGGUGCGUCCAGCAAUGGAGACGACAGUCAGGAUGAUUCCAAACCCUCCGGCAGAGUUGUUGGUGAACGUAGACCGACUACAGGUAGUAGCUCUGGUGCUGGUACACAUUCCGGACAGUACGAAAAGCAGCACUCGUCAAGCUUUAUGCCGCAAAUCGAUCCCGGCCAGCCGGUCGAAUACGUGCCGGAGAUACAAACCGAGGAAGAGCGCAUCGAGUUUCAGCGCAAAAUGCAGGAAAAGCUGCAGCAACAUCUAGCCGCCGAGGGAAAGCUCUACCCACCGCCCUCGAAACCGCAGCGUGACGUGCCCGCCCCCGUUACCGUGACCGGUUUCGCGAACGAUGGUUCAUUUUUGGAGAUGUUUAAAAAGCUCCAGCAACAGCAAAGCGCCGUCCCUGGCAGUAGCGGUGGCGCCACCCCAGCAAUGGCAGCAAUGCCCCACCCGCAUCAUCACCUGUCAACCGGCAUUCCGGCAGCCAAUUCCACCCCAGUGAAACCGAUGAUGGUGGUUCCAACCGCUGCCGCCCUACCAAGGAUGCCGCUGGUCGGUCAGCAACCGGCGGCCGUCGGGUCGUUCAAACUGCUCCCAACCGUUGCGGCCGCCGCCGCGGUCGUCCCACCGCAGAUCGUGAAACCGUCGACGAUUGAGAAGGAACCACCGCCGCCACCGCUUCCCGUCUUUGGUCGGCGGCGGGGUGGCAAGAUUCUUAAAACCGGAAUGGUGAAGAAGGUGCGGCCGAUCGAGGAGUCCGCCGCGGAUGCGCCAAACGACGCGUGGACUCUUUACCUGCAGGAGGUGAAGAAGUACAAGAGUGCUUCGUGUGAUGCGGACUCCAAGACGCGACCAUUGGUCAAAUAAUUGGAUAAAUGGGAAAGAGAGAGCGAGAGAGAGGGAGGGAGUGUAUUCAGUUUCCGUUUCUUUCCACCCUUAUUUCCCCGUUGGAAAGGAAAUUGUAUUUUUUAUUUAUAAAACUAACCUUUUUUGUGUGAUGAGUGUACCGGAAGGGAUAAAUGAGAAUCUUUCACAUGUCACCCUAAUUUUUUUUGGGUGUCAAGUGUGAUUUAUUGGGAUUUGGCAGGAAAUUUUAUACCUUUUGUGUACUGCAAAAGGUAUGAUGAGCCCAUAACCCCGGUAUAUUAUGUACAUAAUAAGUUAUCAGUGUCGGUGAAUCUUCAUUUUCAUCCUUUUCUAUUUCAACUUUGCUGUGUGGGAUUCUUAUAUAGAUUUUUACCAUGCGUAGCGGGAAAUACGUCUGCAAUUAAUGGUCAUUUAGUAGCAGAGUGGGUACAGACAAGCAGGGGAAAAUCCGUAAUUUGUGGAUAGGAAAUAGAGCGCACACGGACGGACUGGUCAACAUUUAUUUAAGUCCCCAUCUGAAACCCCCGGGAUCUUUCCGUGGGGGUGUGGUGGGUGUUUGCACAACACGCGCACACACACACACACACUCAACCCCAAAAUUAAGCUGACGAUAUUUUCUCUGGA